UGAAGCCACGGUGGAGAUUCACCUUGAUGAGCGGGGAGACCUUCACGGGCUGCACCAUUUUUCCCGUUGACCCUCGACCCGGAAGUAGAAAGAGCAGUCGCCAGGCAGAGCUAUUGGAGAAAGGACGGAAGGGGCAUGGUUGAAGAAACGGGAACGAGGACGCAGAAAGUGUGCGCGCCUGAGUCGGAGGGCAGGGUCGGAGCGGCGCGCGCCGUGGUUUGACCCUCAUUAAGCAGCCUAAUGGACCUGUACUCCCAGAGGAUCACCACAGCUUAAAAUUCCAAAACUCAAUAAAUCCUCAGCCUCCCUAGCAUCAAGGAUGACAGGCCUGGCAUAAGGCUCUAGGAGCUGUCUAUUGGUUUCCUUCUCGCUGCUCAGUCAGCAGCCCUCCUGCCUGUGUCCUGAUCAUCCCUCUGGACCCAGCCUCUCAUACCAGGCCAGCAGGAAGACCAAGAAGAAGGAAGGCGGUGCUCUUCGAGCUCAGAGAGCCUCAUCCAAUGUCUUUUCCAAUUUUGAACAGACACAGAUUCAGGAAUUUAAAGAAGCAUUCACACUCAUGGAUCAGAAUAGGGAUGGAUUCAUCGACAAAGAGGACUUGAAAGAUACCUACGCCUCUCUAGGCAAAAUUAACGUUAAAGACGAUGAGCUGGAUUCUAUGCUGAAGGAGGCCUCAGGCCCCAUUAACUUCACGAUGUUCCUGAACCUGUUUGGAGAGAAGCUGAAUGGGACAGACACAGAAGAGACAAUCCUAAAUGCCUUCAAGAUGCUGGACCCAGACGCGAAAGGGAGCAUCAACAAGGACUACAUAAAGCGUAUGCUGAUGUCCCAAGCUGACAAGAUGACUGCAGAAGAGGUUGACCAAAUGUUCCAGUUUGCCUCCAUUGAUGCAGCUGGAAACCUGGACUACAAAGCUUUGAGCUAUGUCAUCACCCAUGGCGAAGAGAAGGAAGAGUAAGAAGAAUGGGGUGAACACCAUUCAUUCAAUAAAGGC